AUGUUGCGUGUGACCACGCGAUGUUCAUUCAUCACUAAGAUUAGCAAGAUAUCAAGACCGCCUGCCAGCGGUUAUGAAAUUGCAGAGCUUCCAGAUGAAAAGGUCCUAAUGGAUUUUAUUAAAUUUCACAAAACACGUGCUGUGUUAGCGAUACUUCACUCAGGCAACCUCCGAAAAAUGAGAAAGGGUGAACAAAAUAUGCAAAUCACAGAAGAUCCACUUACAAGAAGUUUCAUUUCAUCUGUUAACGCAAUGAAUAUGGGCAAUCCUAGUGAGGUAAAGUUAGCACUUGUACCUGGUCCGCAGGCCCCAAAAUUAGUGAAUGAAUACAGUGUUCUAACGUACCCAACGGUGCUUCUUUUCAUGAAUGGAAAGUGUGUGGAACGGGUUGUAGGUGCUCGGACGCGGGAGGUUUCCAUUAAAUCACUGUUUACACUGCGCAAUGAGAAGCGAAACAUUUUUUCACGGGAAUAA